AAGACAAUCUAACCCUAACCCUAACCUUAGUCUGUAUUCUGUAAGAUUUUAAUUUCACAAUUUAAGAAAAUGUAACCAAAGUAGUUUAUAUAAUAACUUGUUAUACUGUAAAACGAAUGGAUAGUGUUUAGUUAUUCCCUUUUCAAUCCUCGAGAUAUUUAAAUAUGUUUUGUAGAUCUGCUGUCUCAGUGCUUAGUUCAAGAUGUGUUUUAACUAAAGUUAAUCCAACGGCUUCAAACUUUAAGCAAAAACUUUAUUUUUCAAACUCGAACCAACUGUUUUCAAAGAACAAAUUUUAUAGUGCAAAAGUAGAUUUAAAAACCAAGUCAACUCUGUAUUAUCUAGCAGCUGCAGGAGUGCUUGUUGUAGGUUUGAGCUAUGCUGCAGUUCCUUUGUACAGAAUAUUUUGUCAGGCUUACAGCUAUGGAGGUGCUACGGCAGAGGCUAGUGGAACUGAUGUUGAGAAACUUAAAAAAGUGAAGCAUCGAGAAAUAACAGUUAAGUUUAAUGCGGACGUUUCGUCUAGUAUGAAAUGGAAUUUCAGACCGCAGCAGGUUGAAAUAAAGGUAUUUCCCGGAGAAACUGCCCUUGCCUUCUACACAGCAAAGAAUCCCACAGAUAAACCAGUCAUUGGAAUCAGUACGUACAAUGUUGUGCCGUUUGAGGCUGGCCAGUAUUUCAACAAAAUCCAGUGUUUUUGUUUUGAAGAACAAAUGCUGAACCCACAUGAAGAGGUGGAUAUGCCAGUGUUCUUCUACAUUGACUCAGAGUUUGCGGAUGACCCAAAGAUGGAGUAUGUUGAUGACAUUACUCUUUCUUACACAUUUUUUGAGGCAAAGCCAGGUUUGAGGUUACCAGUGCCCGGCUACGCUCAACAACAUUACUCCAAGCCUACCACUCCUAGUCGAUAGAUGUAGCUGUAAUGUUUGUAAAUAAAUGUUUAUUUUAAAAUUAAGAUUUUAUUUAUCAUUAAAGAGCUAAAAUGUGACCACA